CCGGCUGCGAGGAUUUCGUUCACUCGACUCGCUGUCACAGAAGCGACGUUUUCUUGGUGCCUUUUCUUCUCUAAUUGCUGUGUUAACUUAAACUCCAAUUAAUAAUCAUGUGUGACGAGGACGUAGCCGCUCUUGUAGUAGACAAUGGAUCUGGUAUGUGCAAGGCAGGUUUCGCUGGAGACGAUGCUCCCAGGGCCGUUUUCCCAUCUAUUGUUGGCAGACCCAGACAUCAGGGUGUGAUGGUUGGUAUGGGUCAGAAGGACAGCUAUGUUGGUGAUGAGGCUCAGUCUAAGAGAGGUAUCCUCACCUUGAAAUACCCCAUUGAACAUGGCAUUGUCACAAACUGGGAUGACAUGGAGAAGAUCUGGCAUCACACUUUCUACAAUGAGCUUAGAGUUGCCCCUGAAGAGCACCCAGUACUUCUCACAGAGGCACCUCUAAACCCUAAAGCCAACAGAGAAAAGAUGACCCAGAUCAUGUUUGAAACCUUCAACACACCAGCUAUGUAUGUAGCCAUCCAAGCUGUGCUCUCAUUGUACGCAUCUGGUCGUACCACAGGUAUUGUCAUGGACUCUGGUGAUGGUGUGACCCACACUGUCCCCAUCUAUGAAGGUUAUGCUCUUCCUCAUGCUAUUAUGAGGUUAGAUUUGGCUGGUCGUGACCUCACAGAUUACUUGAUGAAAAUUCUCACUGAGAGGGGCUACAGCUUCACCACAACAGCUGAGCGUGAAAUUGUCCGUGACAUCAAGGAAAAGCUCUGCUAUGUGGCUCUAGAUUUUGAACAGGAAAUGCAAACAGCUUCCACCUCUUCAUCUCUUGAGAAGAGUUAUGAGCUUCCUGACGGUCAAGUCAUCACCAUUGGCAAUGAGCGAUUCAGAUGUCCAGAAGCUACGUUCCAGCCAUCUUUCCUUGGUAUGGAAGCUGCUGGUAUCCAUGAAACAACCUACAACUCCAUCAUGAAAUGUGAUGUUGACAUUCCUAUGUAUGUAGCCAUCCAAGCUGUGCUCUCAUUGUACGCAUCUGGUCGUACCACAGGAAUUGUGCUAGAUUCAGGUGAUGGUGUAACUCACACUGUCCCUAUCUAUGAAGGUUAUGCUCUUCCUCAUGCUAUUAUGAGGUUAGAUUUGGCUGGUCGUGACCUCACAGAUUACUUGAUGAAAAUUCUCACUGAGAGGGGCUACAGCUUCACCACAACAGCUGAGCGUGAAAUUGUCCGUGACAUCAAGGAAAAGCUCUGCUAUGUGGCUCUAGAUUUUGAACAGGAAAUGCAAACAGCUUCCACCUCUUCAUCUCUUGAGAAGAGUUAUGAGCUUCCUGACGGUCAAGUCAUCACCAUUGGCAAUGAGCGAUUCAGAUGUCCAGAAGCUGAAUUCCAGCCAUCUUUCCUUGGUAUGGAAUCUGCUGGUAUCCAUGAAACAACCUACAACUCCAUCAUGAAAUGUGAUGUUGACAUUCGUAAAGACUUGUAUGCUAACACUGUAUUGUCUGGUGGUUCCACCAUGUUCCCAGGCAUUGCAGACAGAAUGCAGAAAGAAAUCACAGCCUUGGCUCCACCAACAAUGAAGAUCAAGAUCAUUGCUCCACCAGAGAGGAAAUACUCCGUCUGGAUUGGAGGAUCUAUUUUAGCAUCUCUCUCCACCUUCCAACAGAUGUGGAUCUCCAAACAAGAGUAUGACGAAUCUGGUCCAUCCAUUGUUCAUAGGAAGUGUUUCUAAACAUGACAAUAAAAAUUUUCUGAGAUCAUUUUAGAUCUGAUUAUUUAUUAUACUAUAAAACCAUUGCCAUUGCUGCAUUUUGCUGAAGUUGCUCACUUCAGUAUUAGUCAUAACUUUUAUACCAACAUUGCAAUUUUUUUUUUCUUUUUUUUACUUGUGAAGUGCUCCACAGGCUUAAAAUACAAUUCAAAACAGAAGAAACAUACACUGGUGCUAUGUCCCUUCAGCUGUACAUUUUUGUAGGCAUUGUAUGUGGUAUAAAUGUAUUUUUUUCUUUUUUUUUUCUUUUUAAUUACAGUCAAUAAAUGUUACAGCAUUUUAUAAACUUAA